CGGGGGCGGGGCCGCUUGAGAGACGCGGCCGGAGAACCGGGAAAGUUUCUUCGGAAGCCUUUUCCCCCACCCCGCGCAACAGAGGGAGAGACGGGCCCCGGGCUGGAAAGGGAGGAUGCGAAUUCAGAACCCGUUGAGUCUUGGAGUGGGCUCGAGGGUUUGAGGAGUCAGCUGCUAGGUCCCGUCUGACCGGAGAGAAACCAGGCCAUGUCCCACGGGCCCAAGCAUCUGGCCUCAGGCGUCCUGCAUGCAGGUGGAAAGGCCCAGGGGCAUCAUGGAAACUUUGUGGUGGCCAUCAAGCAGGAGAGGAGUGAAGCCCCGCGAGCCACCAACGAGAAGGGGGCUCAUGAGGAGGAGACCCCCCCUGCCCUACAGCCGGUGAAGAAAAGGGGCUGGCCCAAGGGCAAGAAGAGGAAGAAGAUUCUUCCAAAUGGCCCCAAGGCCCCCGUGACGGGCUACGUGCGCUUCUUGAACGAGCGGCGGGAACAGAUCCGCAUGCUGCACCCUGACCUGCCGUUCCCUGAGAUCACCAAGAUGCUAGGAGCUGAGUGGAGCAAACUGCAACCCACUGACAAGCAGCGGUACCUGGAUGAGGCGGAGCGGGAGAAGCAGCAAUACAUGAAGGAGCUGCGGGAGUACCAGCAAUCGGAGGCCUACAAGAUGUGCGCCGAAAAGAUCCAGGAGAAGAAGAUCAAGAAAGAGGACUCUGGCAUCGGGGUCGUCAACACCCUCCUGAAUGGACACAAGGGCGGGGACUGUGAUGGCUUCUCCACCUUUGACGUGCCCAUCUUCACUGAGGAGUUCCUGGACCAGAACAAAGCCCGGGAAGCGGAGCUGCGCCGCCUGCGGAAGAUGAAUACAGACUUUGAGGAGCAGAACGCCAUCCUGCAGCGGCACACGGAGAGCAUGAGCAGUGCCAAGGAGAAGCUGGAGCAGGAGCUGGCCCUGGAGGAGCGCCAGACUCUGGCCCUGCAGCAGCAGCUGCAGGCUGUGCGCCAGGCCCUCACAGCCAGCUUUGCCUCCCUGCCCAUCCCAGGCACUGGUGAGACCCCAACCCUGGGGACCCUGGACUUCUACAUGGCCAAACUGCACGGGGCUAUUGAGAGAAACCCCAUGCAGCACGAGAAGCUUAUCGUCCGCAUCAAAGAGAUCCUGUCCCGGAUUGCCAGCGAGCAUUUGUGAGCGGAGUUGCAGCUACGGCAGCGGGGUCCCACAGUUGCGGAUCUUGGCCUGUCUUAUGGCUUUCCCGGAAGAAUUCCUUCCUGAGCCCAGAGUCCUCCCUGGGUGGGCCUGCUCUUCUCCCCGAGCCCCCCAAAGCCCCCCGAAGCCGGGAGCUUCAAUUUCCCGCGUCGUGUGCGCCCCCUAGUGGUCGUAGGUGGUAGCUCUGGGGGCAUAUCUUUAAAGCGGGCAACCGACCUCUCUUCCCUCCCCUUCCUCAUCAAUCAGUGACACUUACCGAGCCCUUACUUUGUGCAGCGUACUGGACUAACCGUUCGGGAAAGUACAAUAAAACGGAGUUGGUAGACGUAAUCACUGCCCACCAGGACUUCACAGUGUCGAGAAGCCGCUUGGCUUAGUGGAAAGAGCCCGGGCUUGAGAGUCAAAGGCCGUGCGUUCUAAUUCCGCCUCUGCCACUUAUCAG